UUUCCCUGCUCAUUGCCGUCAUUUGAAGCACUCCCCGGCGAGCAAGACUCCCUCUAUACCUCUGGCGUGCGCUGCUGGCAGGCGCAGGAUUGUCGAAUCACCCACGCGCGAUUGAAGGCGGUCAAGAUGCUCGCCACCGCCGCAGCUCUUGCUGGAGCACUGCUGCUUGCGCCUGGGGCGUCUGCACAGAAUACCACAGCACCACGAUAUGUCGUCUGGUCAAGCGUGGUCUUCACGAGGACUGGCGAACGAACGCCAGAAAUCUUGGGCAAGAUCCCAUCUCAGAUCACCUCUACCGGCGCUCAGGAAGCUUUCGCAGCUGGCAGCUUCUUCCGCAGUCGAUAUAUGAGAGUGAGCAAUGGCACCGUUGGCGAUGAGGCCUCGGGUGGCGAGCUUAUUGGACUCGACAAAAACCGAUAUGACCAAUUUCAGACCACCUCGCUGGCACUGGAGCAACAAUACAACUUGGCCACGCAGCAGGCGUUCAUGCAAGGCUUAUAUCCUGCGUACACCCCAGGGAAUGGGACCAACGAGGACGCCGAUCCAUAUCGAGUGUACACACCUGCGAAUGGCACAAUCGUUCAAACACCACUGGGUGGCUACCAAUACCCACAGCUCCGAACGGCCGGUCCCAAUGAUCCAAACUACAUCUACCUCUCUGGCAAUCUAGGUUGUCCGUCAUUCGAGAUAGCAGCAGAAUUGUCUGACACGGCCGGAGGCAGUGAUGGCACAGAUGAAGAGUUCAAUGGCACAUACGCCGCGGUGGGCAGUGCAACACUCAUUGGUGUCCUAGACCAAGGUUACUGGAGCUAUGACAAUGCUUAUGCGAUUUACGACUACCUACGGUAUCAGAAUGCAUAUAACGCGACGGUCAGAGACGAGUUGGCCGGAUACCGUUCUUCCACCACCAACACCAGCUUCCUCGACACUUUGCGCUAUCUGGCUGAUGAACAGCAAUACGGCCAACUUGGAAAUCUUACUGCUAGGAGGCUGACAACUCGGCAACGCGUGCAGCAACAACCUGUCGAUGGCAGCAUCUCCACAGUCGCAGGAAACAUGUUCGCCUCACGAGUCUUGGAAUUGCUGAGCGCAGCCAUCAACUACUCUGAUUUCGGCCGCAACAAGCUGAAUCUCCUCUUCGCCGACUAUCACCCUCUUACAUCUUUCUUCGCGCUCGCCGGCCUGCCUCAGCGUGAUUCUCGAUUCUUCGGAACCGCCGACUUUGCUUCCUCGGUCGUGUUUGAGCUUUUCAGCAUUACAAACGACACAUCCACUUUUCCGAGUACCAACGACCUCUACGUCCGCUUCUUGUUCCGCAAUGGCACAGCAGAUGAAGCUUCCAACCCCUUCCGCUCGUAUCCUCUAUUCGGUCGCGCGAAUAUCGAAAGCGAUAUGACAUGGGAGGAUUUCCGCGACGGCAUGAACAACAUUGCAAUGUCAGGCAUCGGUAACUGGUGCAACGAAUGUGGCGCGACAACACUCUUCUGCGCCGCAUUCGACGAAGACGGGAACGAAUCUGAUUCUGCUUCGCGAGGCUCUCACCGCCACCACGGCUUGGCACCUGCAGUCGCUGGCGUCGUUGGCGCAGUCAUCGCGCUCGUGAUCGCUGCUAUCCUCUUUGGAUUGGCAAUGCUCAUCGGUGGCGUGCGAGUCCGACGCGAAAAGCACGACCGCAAGAGCGACCUUGGAGGAUUCAAAGGCGGGAGAAAAAUGCAAAGUGAUCAAGACCUGACAAUUCCAAAAGGAGGAGCUAUGGUAGGCGCUUCUGUUGUCGAUGAGCCUCGCGGUCACGAAAGAAUAGGAUCCUGGGAGAUGAAGAAUGCUGAGGCCGGAAGGACUCACUUGGGGGCUCCGCAGGAUCCGGCGAGUUUGAGGCCUAGCAUGGAGGAAGCAAGACAUGAUCCAUUUGCUGAUCCGAAUGGUAUCCGACCUACGCUGACGCGAGAGCAUGUUUGA